GCAAUAGAAACUCUGACAGGUGCACUGUUUCAGCGACCACCCCUCAUUGCUGCUGUCAAACGACAACUGAGAGUCAGAACCAUCUAUGAGAGCAAGCUGGUGGAGUAUGAUCCUGAGAGAAGAUUAGGUAUCUUCUGGGUGAGCUGUGAAGCAGGCACAUAUAUCCGAACACUCUGUGUUCACCUUGGUUUGCUGCUUGGUGUGGGGGGCCAGAUGCAAGAGCUCCGCAGAGUGCGCUCAGGCAUCCUGGGAGAGAAGGACAACAUGGUGACUAUGCAUGAUGUACUGGAUGCACAGUGGCAGUAUGACAACAACAAGGAUGACAGCUACCUGCGAAGAGUUAUCCUGCCGUUGGAGAAACUGCUGAUUUCACACAAGCGGCUAGUCAUGAAAGACAGUGCGGUCAAUGCCAUUUGCUAUGGAGCCAAGAUCAUGCUGCCUGGUGUCCUGAGGUAUGAAGAUGGUAUUGAGCUUAAUCAGGAGAUUGUUGUCAUCACUACGAAAGGAGAAGCUAUUUGCCUAG